GGCUCGAGCAGCAGUCGUUCGCGAGGCGCGAUGUCGUGAAGUUGCUGUGAGAACUCGGCGCGGCCACCGAUUAACCGAGCUUUUGACUGACUCGAGAACGCAUCAACAAAUUGAGGGGGAAUAGUGAUUCUUUAAGAGAGUUUGUGAUUAUCCAUGGGCAUUAUUUGAAGACUGUGAUAAAAUUACUACGUAAGGUUAUCGGUUAGUGACGUGGGAAGCUUGAAUUCGUCUAUUGUGAGUGUGUGUAUGAACUAGCUAAAUUGCAGCGAAAGAAAUCGUUUAACUCGGAUGACAGUCGUCUGCUUGCGGUUAUUUUCGAUACCUCGGUGAUUCGACAGAAGUGUCCGUCACUUAAACGAAUUUUAUGAAACUUGUUUUGAGUGGAACACAAACUUGUUUUCAUAAUCUAUAUAAAAAAUAAUUAUUAAAAUUGAAAGGCAAAUAAAUUCACGUAAACAGUCACCAUGCAAUCAGUAAUACACUUCCUGGAAAACGUUCCUAGCUCUGAGGAUUAAAUUUCAGACACCGUAACUGAUUGAAAGACCCUUGUCUACGCUCCUGUUUUUCAUUGAUGCCAUCCCGAUGAGUGACAAAGGGGAAACCAGUCGAAAAGCGGGGAGCACGAGGGUGAGGGAGGAGAGGAGGGAAUCCCAGGACUCUUCCAACAGGAGCAUGAAGAUUAACGUGAUGUACAGAGGGAUCGUUUACCGCGUGAGGGGCAUUAAAGUCCUCUGUUCCGUCAUUACGGCUGUGAUCUUACUCUUAGUGGCCAUCGUAGGCCUAGGUGUCUGGAUGCUGGUCAGUGCUUACGGCGAAGAGAAAGCCGACAAUCGUGCCGGUCUUGUCAAUGAAACUACCCUGCCAAUGCCACAGGACUUGGAUGGCAGAGGGGGACGCUAUGAAGAAACGUCGACAGUGGUUAGUAUAGACUUCAAUGCUCCAAGCGUCACAAUAGAUGAGCUAUCGCUGGCAGCGAAUCUGCCGAGCCUUCAACCAGAAGAAGAAAAUGUGCGCUUCAGCGAAGAGGUGUAUUUUAGUGAAGAGAGUCCCCGUAGUGAGGAGGUUCCUUUCAAUGAGGCCAUUGGACACUUCCAAGGUGUGACUCCAAGUAAAGAUGCAAAGUCGUCCCACAGAAUGCCAGGGCCUGAUCCACCGUUUGGGCUCUUCAGUGGUAUGAUUGACCUGGGGGAUACCAGAGUUCCCAUUACAACUGAGUUUAUAACUUCUUCGAGCGAGGAUGGUGAAUGGGGUUCAGUGGACAGUGAUCACAUCAUGGACAGUUUUGUAGAGCUCUCUGAAUACAAGCCAGUUGCAGUUGCUGCUCCAUCAGACUUUUACAAUGGCCAAGAUGACGGAACAUUGCAUGGUUUCAUCAGGAACAGCAAUGGACAAAUAUUUCCAGGGAAUGAGGGGAGCCCCAUUAUAGAAAGCCCUUCCCAUCCCCAUUUACCAGAUAACUUUCCCAGGGACAUUGACCCUAAGUUAGUUGAUUCCGAAAUACCAUUUCCAUUCCCUCCCACCCUCACUCCAGCUGGCCCGCCUGUUCGGUUACCAAACCCCAGGCCAGGGUGGCGUCGGAAUAACCCACGCCAGCCUAGACCUGGAGGCUUUCAGAGAAUGCCCCAAGGAAUACGGCGGGCACGUCCAAAUCUAAACGCUCGACCUCCUUACUACCAGCAUCCCACUUUUCAGGAGUAUGGUCCUCAAUUUUAUGAUCCUCAUUUCACACAAAAACAAGGAUUCCAGACAGAAGAAAAUCCUCCGGCAGAUCAAGACUCAGAAGACGAUGAAGGACAAACCGAUAUUGCAGAAAGUCCUGUAUCUGCUGAUGUGUCUGAUCUUUCAUUACUUCAGCAAUACAAUGCCAAUGGAGAGAUAAAACUCCCAGCAGGUAUAACUCUACCUCCUGGUUUUUCAAUACCAGAUGAUCCUCAGGGUAUCAAAAUAUCUGGUGUCGACGUCCAGGGGCGUAGGCCUGGUCCUGGGAGAUAUCUAGAGGAUAUGAUGCAUUACUACAAUAAACAUGAACGACCAAAAUUAACCACUACUUCCCCGAGCCAAAACGGCAGUCGGUACAGUGAAAGAGCAGGUCUUUCUGAACAAAGCAGCAAUUCACAGACGAGGGCACCAUGGCAAGGAAAUCAUGAUGGACAAUCAGAGCAUACUGAUGAAGUAUUUGACCACUUCCGGAACAUUUACAACGGAGAGCCCAAGCCUCCAGCUGAACACGAUGACCGCGGGCCAGUCCCAGAAGAAACUAUGGGAUGGGGUCACACCAGAAAUGCUCACAUGUUUCCUAAUCCAAACAUAAGAGGAUUGAGACCCGGUGGACAAGGCUAUCCAAUUCAAAUACGACCUGAUGCUGAAAAUCCAGACAGAAUUUUAGCAGUUGGUCCAGACAGAAUUUUAGCAGUUGAGCCGAAUGGUCCACAUCCUCAAAAACGACCAACAAGCGUGCCCAACCAGCACAGACCACUGCUUGGCCCCUUAGCUGACAUUUAUCAGUAUUCUCAGAAACUUGCAUCAACAUUGCUCAACUUUCCUAGCAAUCUUUUCACUCAAGUGGCUGACUCGAGAGCUGAGCACAUGAAAAAUGAAGUACAGUUACUGGAAGAUUAUAAUAAACUGUUCCAAGAAAAUAACAUCACGAGUGCUGACUUACUGCCAGAUAUGUUUGAUCAAAAACCAGACCGCAACGAAAGACUGAUGAUUCUCGACACCGAGAAGAUUAGGUCACUGAAUCCCUUCGAGCUGUCUUUGAUCACCUGGACCUUCUUAGAUUUUUGGGAAUUUCUCAUCGAGAAAGUAGGGACGCUAUCUAAAGACGACCUGCGCCAGCUGGAAAACAGAUUAGAUAGGCUUCGGAAAGAGAAAGAUCACCGGAUGGCCAAGAGCCUGGUGGAUGUGACCAUCGACCACGUCUCGAAAGACGCAUCGCAAAGCGAAGACGACAUAGCCCAGAUCGUCACGAUGACGGAAGAAUUUAUGGAAACGUUGCCAGAAGUGACUCGCAACGAAACGUAUGGUGAUCACUCUACCGAAUCAGCAGUGCAAGGGAGAAUGUGGGAUCCACUGGGGAUUUUUACUGACGAGCAACGAAUGCAAUUUAUGCAUUUCGCCAUCAAGGUUGUCUUCCGGUUCGGAAGGGUGUACCUUAAUAAGCGGUACGCCUUGGAUUGCAUGAUGCUCCUCUUUUGCAAGGACCUCAAUUCCGGCUCCAAAAAGUCAGGAAUGGAUGGAAUGGCGGCAAAAGUUAAAAGUGUUGGCCUGAAGGUCCUGAUCGAAAAGGAAGACCGCCAGAUGGACACCAUGGGAGAGGUAUGGCGUGCCUUGACGGCAUGGGAGACUCUCCAGUGUGAGGAUAUGUUCCCCAAGUGCGACGGCCCUAAAGCCCUGGAAAUCGUCAACGAAGUUGCCCUUGCAGCCCGCAAGUAAAAAGCCCCCCCAAUCGCUCAGGACUUCCUUCCUUGCUGCCUUGAUCCACAAGGACUCAAUUUGCAUCCACAGGAAGGAUCCCACCUAAUGCAUCAUCAUCAUCAUCACAUUCCUGUCUGAUUGAUGUUGCGUGAAUUUGAGUAAGAAGAAGAAGAAGAAAAAAAAUAAGGAUUCCCUUGGCGACAAGCGAGGGGCUUCCACUUCUCAGGUGAAAGAAGACUUAGUUGUUAUUUUCUUUGCCCGCUACAAGGAAGCUAUUAGAUCGUGCAGUCAAAUACUUAUACAGUCAGCUUAUAGCCAGGGUUACGGAGAGUUUACUUGAAGCCGUUACAACUGGAACAGAUAUAUAAAAAGGCUGUUGAUUCUCUCCCCUGACAGUGUGCUGAACCAACCAGGAACAAUAUCAAAAAGAAAAUAACUUUAUUGAUGUUAUCUAAACGUAUACUCCCAGUGAAAAUAACUAAACUUAAAUUUAUCAAUCAAUGGAUAAUCUGAUAUCAUGUGGCGUAUGAUCUUCAUUCACUGCCAAAUCAGAACCACAAACAAACGGCAAAGGAUAAGAAUUAAGUUGAGAAUCCAGUCGAUUAAAUGAUGCAUUUCUUUAUACUGGGGAAACUACAUCAUAAGAAAUUUAAAAACUGCAACGACCACUGACCUAUAAUCAUACUCUGUAAAUAAAAAAAAUAAAUAAAAAAUUCUCUCGUCAUACUCAGACGAUUGUUGUUGUUGUUGUUAUUGUUGUAAAUUCUUUUUAUUGCACUAACACAUACUGUAUAGCAAAACUUCGUAGCUGUGAUGUAUUUCGUUUAUUGUUUAUUCAACCGUUGUUAUUUCAGAUAUGUCUCUAUUCUGGAAAUUACUAACAAACAUGUUAAAAGCAGGAAACACCACUACUUUUAGUUCGUCAAAGGAAAAUUGCUAAUUUUUUUCCUAGAACUAAAAGCAGUACGACUAAUCUACAGGAACUAUGGAGUAGUUUCCCUCUAGUAUUUUUUUAAAGAACUAUUUACAAGUUAUUGAUGAUCAAAAAUUCACCGAAUUGGACUUUAAUCAUUGGUGAGUCCCCCAACAUCCCCGUCCCCCCUCCCCCCUCUCGCCAACUAAAAAAUUUAAAAAUUGUUGCUGAAAAAAAAUUGCCAAUUUAGAACCUAUUUUUGUAACUCGUUUAUCCCAACAUGUUUCAGACAAAUAUAGUCAGGUUUCUUUUAGAUACAUAUCGUAAUGUAUAGAUCUCCCACCCACCCAAUUUUAGUUUUGUGUUUGUCCUAUUUAUUUCGGUAACUUGUUAUGAAUUUUUUUUUUUAACAUAUGAGUUAAGUUUAUAUUUAUUCUCUGUGCUAUUUAUACAUUGUUGUAUGUCGCAGGAGUCGAUAUGUAUCGCCUUGUGACGUAGCGGACAAUAAAGAAUACUUUUUAAUAA